CUAAUAAAUCGUUACUUGCAUUUUUGCUUCCUGUCUUCUAUCCUGACAAAUUUUGCAAGAUUGCAAGAGCAAAAAUUGGUCGAAGAGACUAAUUUCUUUAUGACAACUUGCGGUGUUACAUAUCAUCAAAGCUGAGAAAAGAACACUGUUUACAUGGCUUUUUAAAAAUACCUGGUGGCUGGUGUUUCGCAUCCGUUUGGCCAAUCAGCAUACACUUACAUCACUGAUAGUUCCUAUAGAACUGUUUUAGACCCUGCUCUGAAGUAGGAGCUAAUUUAGUUCCUCCAAAUGGAGAUCCUAGAACUAAAACUGUUCCUAGUUCCUGCGGUGCGAACAUGCCUAAAAGUGGGUAGUUCCACAAUUAGUUCAAGUACUAUCAAAAGGUUCCCGCAGUGCGAAAGGACCUAAUGUGAACAUGUGAAGACUAAGAUGACAGCAAUGGACAUGAGCUGGAAGUUAUUAUUCUUCAGGAAUUUGUUUGUUCCUCCUAGAUACUAAAUAAUUUCAGAUUUUGAACACUUAUGAACAUUUACGAACAUUUAUGAUUAUGAUCUAGCCCUCUGGGGUUCUUCGGUCAUUUAUGACCCAAUUUUUUUUUUUUUAAAUGUUAAAAAUCGUAGCUUCAUUGGAAUGGUCCGAAACUUGGUGACUUUAUUGGUACUUGGUCUAAGUGGUCAUAAAAAAAUAGUCACACUCAGGAUCUUCGGGUCAAAAAUGACCUGCCAUAGGAAAUGAAUGGGAAAUUGGCAAAAAUAUGAAAAUACUGAGUUUUUUUGUGUGUACAAUCUACAAAUCAGCCUUGAUGCAGAAAAAAAGCACACAACAGUGAAGGGGUGAAUCUCUAAAACAUCAAGAGUGCAAAACAGACAAAAAAAUUCACACACACACACACACACAAAAACACACGCACACACAAAUGAAAGUGUGUCAUUGCAAAAGCUAAUUUUGGGAAAUGUGUGAAAUAAAAGCAAUUAUUCAUCAAUGUAAGAAAUAAAGUGCACAGCAAUGAAAGCAUGAGGCUGUAAGCCAUCAAGGUUGCAAAAUAGACACACUCACACACACACACACACAUAGGGAAAUAUGAGACUGGUGAAACUGUAACAGAGAAAUGUGAGAAUAUGUGAAAUAAAAUCAAUGAAUCAAAUAAAGGGGAGACAUUGGAUCCAAAAUGCAAAAGUCACACACCAUGUCUCUCUCUUGAACACACACACACAAGCACGCGCGCACUAGUAACCUUCAGGCGUAUUGCAGCACUUGUUUAUGAAAACAAAAAGCCAAUCACAGCAUUUGUUUAUGAAAACAAAAACUUGGGGUAUAAAUAUUGCCACUUUGAGCCCAGCCCACAGUUCAUUCUCCACAAUGGCUAAGAGAUAUACUGCUCAGGAGACCCUGGCUUAUUUACUACAUAGCAGUGAUGAAGAAGAGGGAACAGAGCCAGAUGAGCAAGUCUCUGAAGAGGAAGAUUUUACAGAGGCUGACCCAAACUUCACUGAGGAUUCAGAGGAGAGAGAAGGCCCUGAAACUUACCUCUCCAAGAACGGGGAAAUACUGUGGACUUCAAUUCCUCACACAAGGACACAAAGGAGAGCACGGGCAGAGGAGGUCAGAAGAAAUGCGCCUGGACCAACAAGGUAUGCCUGUGUAAGGGCUGAAGAUAUCAAAUCUACUUUUGAACUUUUUUUUCCAAGCUCCAUGCAACAAAAGCUUCUUGAGAUGACAAAUUUAGAGGGGUAACGAGUGUUUGGUGAAGACUGGACUAAUAUUGAAUGUAAUGAAAUCCAAGCAUUUAUUGGAAUUCUAAUUCUUGCUGGGGUUUUAAAAUCUCACCACGAAUCUGCAUCCAGUUUAUGGGACAGUGAGAUGGGGAGGGCAAUUUUCCGUACAACCAUGCCACUGAAAAAAAUUGAAACAACUGACUAGGAUUUUACGUUUCGAUGAUAAGAUGUCAAGAGCUGAAAGGAGGGAACAGGACAAACUGGCACCAAUCAGAGAGAUGUGGGAAGACUGGGUCAAAAGAAUACCUCUCAUGUACAGACCAGAUACCAACAUUACAGUUGAGGAGAGCUUGGUGGGAUUCAGGGGCCGGUGUCCUUUCAAUCAGUAUAUGCCAAAAAACCUGCCAAAUAUGGCAUUAAAAUAUGGGCAGCCUGUGAUGCAAACUCGAGCUACUGUUUGAACAUGCAGUGUACACAGGAAAACCUCCAGGGAUGCCACACGAAAGAAACCUGGGAAGGAGAAUAGUCCUGGAAAUGAUGGAUGGCUUUCAAGGGCAUAUUGUCACUUGUGACAACUUUUUUUACUUCAUAUGCUCUUGGCAUAGAGCUCCUAAACAAGAAAAUGAGAAUGAUAGGAACAAUCCGAAGGAACAAGCCAGAGCUGAAAAGUGCUCUGACCAUUCCAAGAGGCCGGGCUAAUUUCUCAUCUCUGUUCGCCUUCACAGAAACACACACCAUCGUGUCGUACUGCCCCAGAAAAAAUAAAAACGUUCUUCUCAUGAGCACUGUGCACGAAGAUGCAGCAGUGAGCGAAAGAGAAGACAGGAAACCUGAAAUAAUCUUGUCAUACAACAGGACCAAAGGGGGAGUGGACAAUCUUGAUAAGAUUGUUGCAACAUAUACCUGCCGGAGGAAGACAGCUCGCUGGCCCAUGGCAGUCUUCUACAAUAUGCUAGAUGUAUUGGCAUACAAUGCCUUUGUCAUCUGGAGGGAAAUAAAUCCCAGUUGGGGACAGGGGGACAACUACAUGAGGAGGCACUUUUUGCAGGACCUAGGAAGAGCGCUCGUGUUCCCCUUCAUUCAAUCAAGGCGGCACAUUCCACGCACCCCAGCCUCUCUGCAACUUCUGAGGAAGGUGCAGGAAUGUGAUGAGGAAGCAGUUUCCUCCACGUCUGGUCCCUCACGAGCUGGUCCCUCCCGAGCUGGUCCCACCCCCACCAAAAGAAGAAGAUGCAGAAAGUGCUUACCACACGAUUUGAAAACAGGCAUCGUUUGCUCAAAGUGCCACAUUCCAAUUUGUAAGGGACACUCUAUUGUGAUGUGUGACAACUGUGAUAAUUAGUUUGUAAAUAAUAUGUAAAUAUAGUUAGAAUGGUUUUUUUUUAUUUCUCUAAUUUA